AUGCUCCCCAACUACAACAACCACUGGCAAGAAGCCAGAAAUAGAAACACUAAUCGUCAACCAAACCAAUAUCACGUAUCCUACAACGGCCCUGUCUUCCAUCGACCUCUACCACCUACCAAUCGCCGACCACCAACCAACCCAUCCAGCUAUAUCCCACCCCAUCGCCGACCUACCUACAACACAGCCUACCAAUCAAGAGGUAACCAUCGACCUGACCAACAACAGAAACGACUACCAGCCCACCGACGCCAACCAGUCCCCACUCAUAAGGAGGAAGAACCCUUUGUGAAGGUGUUCUUCCAAGUUUUGCAGUGCCUCCAUCAUUUGGCAAUCCUUACCCUUCAACAGCAAGGCCAACCAGCGUUUACCUUCAAACGCAAAGUCUCUGAGUUGGAUAGUUUUAUCCGUCCAACAAUGAAAACAUCAGCUGUCGACGCGAAUAUUAGAUCCCUCAAUCGGACAUGGCUCUGUAAGUUUACGCAGGUCCUGAUCGACCAUUACCAAACCACACUUCAAGAGAAGCUGACCACCAUUCGUACCAAGUCUUUAUCAUCACCUGCCGUCGACCGCAUCGUUUCUCAUGCCCUGUCCUGGGCCCGUCGCUCCUAUGGGAAACGUCUCACUCAAGCUGUAAUUUCCAAAUUCUACCAAACAAUCAACGAAACAAAAACCAGAGUAACCAUAUCUCUACCAACUGAAAUGGACACUACACCUGCACCAUCUAGAGCUACCACGCUGCCGAACCAAACCCCUAAACGAGCCCGAAGUUCACCUACCCCUAGUCCAGCAGACAUAGGUAAACGCUCUCGUAGAGAGGGCACACCCCUUCUCUUUUCACUUUCAGACUCGUCUUCCCCUUCCACACCAUCUGAAUCUUCACCACGUGAUCCAGGAUCCGCCAACCUUUCUUCCUUCUGUGCGUUUUUGGACCAGCAAACCACCCCUCCAAGUCGAGACAUGUAUCCAGACCUUCCCCUCCUCGAACCAGAUCCCAGUCCGUUCCCAAUGCUACAAUUCUAA